AUGACUCAGCAUUCCAACAUCCUUCUGAAGAACGGCGUUCUCCUGAUCCAUGGAGAUGACGGGAAAGUCACUCCUCAGCGAUCGGAUCUUCUCAUUGAAGGUGACAAGAUCGCUCGGAUAGAGGAGAAUAUCCAGCCUACCGGCGAAGUGAAGGUGAUUGAGUGCGAGGGCAAAGUUGUUUCUCCGGGCUUCAUCAGCACCCAUCACCACGUGUGGCAGACUCAGCUCAAAGGACGACAUGCGAACCACACCUUGAUCGAGUAUAUGUCGUCGGGAAACUUUGCAGGCGCUUUCUAUACACCGGAAGAUGCCUUCUGGGGAGAGUUGGGUGGCGCUCUUGAGGCCAUCGACGGUGGAACUACUACCGUCGUCGACCAUGCGCAUCUCAACAUGGGACCGGAAUAUCCACCUACGAUGAUACAGGCUCUGGUUGCCUCCGGCCUUCGAGCUGUGUACUGCUACUGCGCCCCUAGGACAGUAUCCAGCUGGGAGCCGUUCUCGUCUGAAGAUGACUACACCUCACCCAGUGUUCUCGAAAACUGGAAAACGCUGGCUUCAGCGGGUCCCUACGAGGGCAGAGUUCACCUCGGGUUCUCGGUAGACAACAUCUACCAAUCUGCCGACGCCAUGAAGAAACUCUACUCAGAGCUCCGAGGCGCGAAGGCCAAGGUCAUCACAACUCACGCGGCUAGUGGUCUCUCCUUCGGCAAUGGCCCAUCCGCCGCGCAGAUGCUGAACAUCCACGGGCUUCUCGGCCCCGACGUCCUACUCUCGCACGCGAACUUCCCCAAGGACGGAGACGCCGAGCUGAUCGCGAAGAACAACGUCUGGAUCUCGACAACUCCCAAUACUGAGCUCCAGAUGGGGUGGCCGACACUUGCACUCCGCCCUGAAUUCGAAGCGCACUCUAGUCUGGGAGUAGACUGUCAUUCGUGGGGCAGUAGUUUCUUGCCGAGCCAGAUGCGCCUCGGGCUUCAGUACGCUCGUCUUGAACGAUCUGAGGAUCUUCGCAAGCAGGGCAAGUGGAGCCGUCAUGUGAAACCUACUGCCGAGCAGGUCUUCAACCUGGGGACGAUCGGUGGUGCUCGUGCUAUCGGGAUGGAAGGAGAGGUUGGGCAGAUCAAGGUUGGUGCCAAAGCCGAUCUUGUCGUAUUCGAUGCCAGUAGCCCUUCGAUGAUUCCCGCCGCGGAAGAGGAUCCCGUCGCCGCGAUUGUUCUGCACUCUAGCGAAAGGGAUGUUGAGACCGUAAUCGUGGGUGGCGUUGUCAGAAAGGAGAAUGGCAAGCUUUUGCCGGUCUCGGUCGCGAAGGGAGUUCAAGGUGCUCAGGACUUGGGCUUGGUAGGGAAGUCGAUUCUAUGGAAGGAUGUCGCGAAGAAUCUGUCGGAAAGCAGGCUCCGAAUCAUCCAGAAAUCUGAAGGUGUCGACUUCAGGGCUGCCGAAGAGGUUAUCAUGGAUUCUUUUCACGCAAACCGAAAGGACAUGCUGGAGCAGGCAUGA